CUAACCACUCAUCAAACCCACUUCGCGUCUUCUCUCUCUAAAACUCCUAAUUCCCCAAAAUCAUAUCGGAGACGCAGGGUUUCGACGAUUAAUCGAUUUUGUAGUGAAAUUAGGGUUCGGAGCAGUGCGGUAAUUGAGCUGAAUCAGCUGACGAUGUGAAAUGGUAACCGCCGCUGCAUCCACUCCGAAGCAGCGGCCGUCGCAGAAUCCGAAACGGCCGCCGUUGCUGCCGUCCGACUCCGACAAUGCGCCCCCGCGCCGCCCCAGGGCACGCGAAGUCACCUCGCGCUACUUGUCUCUCUCGACGUCCUCCUCCUCCUCCUCCUCCAAUUCCUCGGUGUCGUCCUCCGUCGCUUCCGGAUCGCCAAUUCCGCCGAGGAGGUCCAUAUCUCCGAUGCUCGGAGGCAGAGGCGCCGCAAUGGCCACUCCGAGGACUCAACCGCGGGCGGUUUCUGAGGAGAGACGGCGGCCGUUGGCAGCGGCGGCGACGCCGACCUUUGCGGAGAAAAUGCUGGUGAAGUCGGUGCGGAGAUUAUCGGUGUCGUUUCAGGGGCAAUCGUAUUCAUUGCCGGUGUGUAAGGAGAAGCCGCCUCCGAGGAAGGGAACGCCGGAGAGGCGGAAAUCAGGGGUCUCUCCUGUGAGAGAUCGAACGGCAAAGGAUAGAGACACCCCGAGGCCGAUUGAACAGCAGCGACAUCUGUGGCCUGGGAGAUUACGCAGCGAGAAUCCGAAUCGAAGCUUGGAUUACGGUACCGACAGAGCGAAAUGGAACCGAUCCAACCCUGCUAUUUCGGGAUUGAGAAAAUCUGUGAAUACGCUUGAGAAUAGAGAAAUUGAGGAUCCAGCAGUUAUCGACGAAGGUCGAUCGGGAUUAGGAGGUUCGUUGAAUUCCGAUGUUGAGAGCGUCUCUUCCGAGGGCACCGAUGCAACUCGGCCGCGUGGGAGGAUUUUACCGGCAAGAAGUUGGCAAGAGGCUAGCCACCGAGUUCAGAAAGUAGUAGAUCCUGUCUCACCCUUAUCAAACAGUGCCUCUAGCAGAAUGACGGGCUCAGCCAAAUUAAUCGUGGCAAAGAAGGUUCAAAAUGAAAGCCCUGUGUCAUCACCGCGGGACGUCUAUGCUAAUAGGGGCCAUUCGCCACUUCGAGGUGUUAGCAGAGCAGCUUCACCAAGUAGGGCCAUGACUUCGGGGAGUGGUGCUCUCUUGAGGAGCAUGGCUAGUCCAAUAAGGGCUAGAAAUGGCACAGGGAGUGUGAUGAACGACAAUAACAUGGUCAGUACACCGUCUUUGAUUAGCUUUCCCAUUGAAUUGAGGAGAGGAAAGUUCGGAGAAAGUCGAAUAGCUGAUGCGCAUGACUUGAGGAUGCUUUAUAACCGGCAGUUGCAGUGGCGAUUAACAAAUGCAAAGGUAGAGAAUACCCUUUUGGUGCAAAAACAUGCAGCCGAGAGAAACCUCUACAAUGCUUGGGUGAACACUUCGAAAUUGCAGCACUCUGUUAUGUCCAAGAGGAUUGAACUACAAACGUUGAGAAUGUAUUUGAAGCUUUAUUCAAUGUUAAAGGAACAACUGCCACAUUUGGAGAGAUUGAAUCUGCUAGAUAGAGAUUACUGGAAUUCAGUUUCUGGUGCUAUAAAAGCGUUAGAAGCUAGCACUGUCCGUCUUCCUAUUGUUGAUGGUGCCAGGGCUGAUGUUCAUGAAGUUCAAGAAGCAAUAUAUUCAGCUGUUGACGUUAUGCAAGCAAUGGAAUCUUCAAUUUACUCUUUACAGUUGAAGGUGGAGCGGAUGAACUCACUGGCAACAGACAUUUCCAAGUUAAGUGCAAGAGAGCAUGGUUUGCUAGAGCAAUGCAAAGAAUUGUUCUCAACAAUAUUCGUACCCUUACAGGUGAUAAAUUGGAGCUUAAAAGUCCAAGUAAUGCAGGUUCAAUGUUCACAAGAAAGCUUCUCAAAUAAAACCUAACAUGCUGAUCCUGACUUACAGCUAACAUGGUAGGUCAAAUAGUAUCUUAGAUAGCGGUUUUUUAUGCUCGAUCGAAGGUCAGUUGAAGCAUCUCCGAUCCUAAUUUGGGGUUGUCGACUAGGUUGAUUGUACACACUUAAUCAUCUUCAUUUUCCAUCAAAUAUAUAUGUGAAUAUGCAUUGUUCUCUAAA